AUGCUGGCCCGCGCUGCUCCCAGAGCGGGCGCCUUGCGGGGAUCCCCCUGUGUCCCAGCCAGAGGAUGCCACCGGGAUCGGGGGGCUGCCCCCUCGCUGCCUGGGGGCCCCGUUCCACCCGCUCCUCGCCCCUUCGAGGAGGUGCCGGGUGACUGGCGAGGGGGAUGGCUCAACCUCUACCGCUUCUGGCGGGAGGGAGGCUUGCACCGCCUCCACCACAUCAUGGCCCGCAAGUUCCAGCAGUUCGGACCCAUCUACAGGGAGAAGCUGGGUGUCUAUGAGAGCGUGAACAUCAUCAGCCCCCGGGAUGCUGCCACCCUUUUCCAGGCCGAGGGGACACUGCCGGAGCGGUUCAGCGUGCCUCCCUGGGUGGCUUACCGGGACUACCGCAACAAACCCUACGGGGUGCUCCUCAAGACAGGGCAGGCCUGGCGCUCCGACCGCCUGAUGCUGAACAAGGAGGUUCUGUCACCCCUGGCUGUGGAGGGGUUUGUGCCCCUGCUGAGCGAGGUGGGCGAGGACUUUGUCCGGCGGGCACGAGCCCAGGCAGGGAAGAGCGGCCGGGAGCACUGGACAGCUGACUUCACCCACGAGCUCUUUCGCUUUGCCCUGGAGUCUGUGUGCCGUGUGCUGUAUGGGGAGAGGCUGGGGCUGCUGCAGGACUUCGUGGACCCGGAGGCUCAGCGCUUCAUCGACGCCGUCGCCCUGAUGUUCCACACCACCUCACCCAUGCUCUACCUGCCCCCUGCCCUCCUCCGCCACCUGAACGCCAAGACCUGGAGGGACCAUGUCUGGGCCUGGGAUGCAAUCUUCUCCCAGGCUGACAAAUGCAUCCAGAAUGUCUACCGGGACCUGCGGCUGCAACGCAAGAGCAGCAAGGAGUACAUGGGCAUCCUCUGCAGCCUCAUCAUGCAGGACAAGCUGCCCCUGGAUGACAUCAAGGCCAGUGUCACCGAGAUGAUGGCAGGAGGGGUGGACACGACCUCUAUGACUCUGCAGUGGGCCAUGUUUGAGCUGGCCCGGUCCCCAGGGGUCCAGGAGCAGCUGCGGGCUGAGGUCCUGGCUGCCAAGCGGGAGGCAGGGGGGGACAGGGUGAAGAUGCUGAAAAGCAUCCGGCUGCUCAAAGCUGCCAUCAAGGAGACGCUCAGGCUGCACCCCGUGGCGGUCACCCUGCAGAGGUACACCACGCAGGAGGUCAUCCUCCAGGAUUACUGCAUCCCUCCCAAGACACUGGUACAGGUGGGUCUCUAUGCCAUGGGCAGAAAUGCUGAGGUCUUUCCCAAGCCGGAGCAGUUCAUCCCCCAGCGCUGGCUGGCAGCUGGCCCCAAGCACUUCAAGGGUUUGGGGUUUGGUUUUGGCCCCCGGCAGUGCCUGGGCCGCCGGAUCGCUGAGCUGGAGAUGCAGCUCUUCCUCAUGCAUAUCCUGGAGAACUUCAAGAUCGAAACCAUGCGAGCAGUGGAAGUAGGCACCAAGUUUGACCUCAUCCUCAUCCCGGACAAACCCAUCUACCUGACCUUACGGCUCCUCAAGGCCCAGGCGUGAGGAACCCCACCUUUGGUGACACCCCCCACC